CUGAGAGGUGAGGCAAAUUGAUUUGUUAAGGAGAUGAGGAACAGGGAUUCUAAUAAAGAAGAGCUCUCCUUCAAAGCGCACCACAUUGCAAGCUUCAUUGAAGGGGAAGAAAAACUUACAGCCUCUAGUGUUGUUCACCAUAUAAGCUUAUUACACAGAGGAGGUCGUAUUGACGAGACACCAUGUAAAGUCAGACUAGAUAAGAAAGGAAUUUUAAUUGAAUUAAAUUCUUCGGAGGAGGUCGUGGAAUUUUUUGAAUGGUCUUCCAUAAGCGACCAAGCAGCAAUUUUCAAACGUUCGGAUGACUUCCAGUAUGGAUAUCUUAUACUUUUUCGGUGCUCACAGUAUAAUGCCGAUCUCGAGCUUAAAGAUUCUGAAGUUCACGUCUUUAGUUGCGAAACGAAAGAUGAUGCUAAACUACUGGUUGACUCGAUAUAUAAUCAGAAGAACUCAGCCCUCGGACUCAACUCAAAUGGAGACGCUUCAAGAAGUCCUGAAGUAAAUUUGCGUCGUGGCAGGUCAGAAGAAAAAAUAGACUCUACAGGAUAUGAUGGUGGAAGAAACUUUUAUAUGCUUAACCAAUGUAUAGACGAUAUAGAAUGCUUUGAAAAUCGUCUAGAGAAAGCGAUCAAACGAAAGUCGUCUUACAACAGAAAUAGUUCAGAGCUGAUCAAUGUCACGUUCAUUACUGUCCACUGAUGAGGACUGCCAAACCACAGUAAAACAAACGAAAAUUGUUGCUUGGUCUUUCAGUCGCCUACAUGCUGAUAUCACUCUAACAUUAAGUCAAAUCGUUUUUCCAAAAACCUAUAUCUUAACGAAAAUUGUUUUGUUUUACUUUUCACUGUUGUUACAGUUACAUAAUAGUCAGUAAAAUAGUAGUCUGUACAAUUUUGACCCUUGUUGUUUAUUAUUCG